AUGGUGAAAAAUACGAGCGAAGAAUCGAUGACGAAUGAAGAAGAAAUAACGGAAAAAAAUGAUGGUUUGAAAAAUGAAGAAUCAAACGAUGAUAAUUGGAACGUUAAAAAUCCAUCGGAAAAUGGCGAAUCUUUUUCCGAUCCUUUCCAACAUCAAAAAGAACAUAUAGAAAAUUUCGAAAGUGUUACCGCGACCGAAGGAGGAGGACAAGUUGAAGAACAAACUCAAAUGACGACGACAACAAUCGAAACAAUGGUACCCAAAUUUAAAAUUACAGGAAACCAAGAAAACAUUUGGCGUGAUGUUGAUUCAAUCAGUUUAGGCUUUCCAUGUACUUUUGAUUCUCAGUGCCAAAGAGAAGAUACCGAGUCAAAGUGUAUUAAUGGUAUUUGCGAUUGUGUCGUAAAAAAUAACGGAACUAAUUUAUGCGACAAGGAUAAUACGGGUUGUGCUCCAGAAACCUUUCAGUGUCGAAGUUCCGGUUUGUGUAUAAGUUGGUUUUUUGUUUGCGAUGGAAGAAAUGAUUGUCCUGACGGAAGUGAUGAACAAUGUCAAGGACCUGUUUGUCCUUCUUAUUCUUUUCAAUGUUCAUUCAAUGGAACAUGUGUUUCAUUAGCUGUUUUGUGCGAUGGUAAAAAAAAUUGUCCGAAUGGAGAAGAUGAAAAAUUUUGCAUGGCGGAACAUAGAAAAGAAUCAAAAAAUUGUCCGGAAAAUACGUUCCAGUGCGGAAACGGACAAUGUUUACCAAAAUACGAAUUUUGUAACGCGAUACCCAAAUGCGCGGAUGGAACGGACGAAUCUCCAGAAUUGUGCAGAUCGGAUAAUUUCAACAGGAAUUAUUACAACAGCGAAAAAAAAACAAUUAAUUUAAUUAAUAAUAAUAAUGAUAAUUAUUGCCCUAUGAAAUGUGAAAAUGGAAGAUGUAGAUCAACGGCCAUACUUUGUUCUGGAAGAGACGGUUGCGGAGAUAACAGUGACGAAUCACAAUGUUCCGUUUGUCGUUGUCCGAAAAUAUCUCGAAUUCGAUACGAUUUUCAAAUUGGUUUUUCUUUUAAAGAAUUAUUUUCGAAAUUUUAA